UUUUUAUUGAUACAUAAGAUCAUUCUAUGUUAACUGAUUAUGGAUUAACAAAAGAAGGAGUUAGAGAUAAUUAUGGAGCGAAAAGUUUCUGUGUCCAUGGCUUAUUUGGCUCCAGAAAUAUUGAAACGUGUAAAUUUGGGAGUGCUGUUGAUUGGUCUAGUACUUUCAUAAAUAAAUGAAUAGAAAAAAAAUCAACUAUAUCAUUUAGGUAUUGAAUUAUAUAUAUAAUAAUUAGGUAUUCUAAUCUAUGAAAUGAUUAGUGGGAAACCUCCAUAUUUUUCCCCAAACAGAGAUGAAAUAUUGAGUAAUAGAAUGCGAUAAGAUUUCAUUUCCAAAUUAUAUUUCAAAAAUGAAUUCAAAUCAAUAAUUUAAUCGCUUUUAGAGAACAACCCUAUGACAAGAUUAGAAAUAUUGUGGUUGUUAUUAAGGAACCUCUGUCAUUAUGGAGUUGCAUGAAGGUUAUUAUUAUAAUAAAUUUUAUUAUAAAUAUUAUGUCAAAUUAGUGGGCGUUAUAUUAGAAGAACUGCCUCCAUUAAUAGUAGGAAAUGAGCCUAAACUAAAUCUGUUAAGAAGAUUAUGAUUAGAAUUUUAUUACGAAGAAUUUUUAGGUAUUAAUGAUAAUUUUGAAGCAUUCUAUUGUUAUUAUAAUAGUUAUUGG